AUGGUCGAUUUACACCGGAAAUUGAACAUGCCUUCAAAAUCUCCAAAACUCUCUAUCUCCGACAAAUCCUCACCACGCAACAACUCCCUACCCUUGUUGCAACCACCUUCAAUCACAAAUGAUAUCUCGGCCGCGGCAGCUCCUCUUUGCGCGGCUUAUGAAUACUAUCUCCGCCUCCCGGACCUCCGCAAGCUUUGGGAAUCAAGAGAAUUCCCAAACUGGAGCAACGAACCAAUCCUAAAACCAGCUUUACAAGCUCUCGAAAUCACCUUUCGUUUCAUUUCUACUGUUCUCUCCGACCCCAGACCCUACACGAAUCGUUCAGAAUGGAACCGGAGACUCGAAUCCAUCGCCACCAAACAGAUUGAGAUUAUUGCCAUGCUCUGUGAAGACGAGGAACAAAAUCCAGAAACACGUGGAACAGUACCAACCGCUUAUCUCAGCAGCGGCGAUAGCAAAAUCAGAAGCUACAGUGAGACGAGUCUUCUUCCACGGCUUGCCACGUGGUACAAAUCCAAGGACGUGGCGCAGAGGAUUCUUCUCUCCUUGGAGUGUCAAAUGCUGAGAUGUUCUUAUACGCUAGGUUUGGGUGAACCGAACCUCGCUGGAAAACCGAGCCUCAGGUACGACACCGUUUGCAAGCCGAACGAAGUUCACGCGCUGAAAACGACGCCGUAUGACGAUCGUAUUGACAACUAUGAGAAUCACGCGGUGCAUGCGACUCAUCAGAUUGUUGAGUCGUGGAUCCACGCGUCAAGGAAGCUUCUAGAAAGAAUCAGCGACUCGAUUGAAGGGAGAAGGUUGGAGAGAGCGGCUGAGGAUUGUUAUACGGUGGAGAGAAUCUGGAAGCUUCUUGCGGAGGUUGAAGAUAUUCAUCUCAUGAUGGAUCCAGCUGAUUUCUUGAAGCUGAAGAAUCAGUUAUCGGUGAAAUCUUCAUCCUACGAAACGGCGGCGUUUUGCAUGCGGUCGAAGGAGUUGGUAAAGGUGACAAAGAUGUGUAGAGAUUUGCGGCAUAGAGUGCCGGAGGUACUGGAAGUGGAGGUUGAUCCCAAAGGCGGACCGAGGAUUCAAGAGGCGGCGAUGAAGCUGUAUGUGGCGGAGAAGAUGAGUGGGUUCGACAAGGUUCACUUGUUGCAGGCUAUGCAAGCUAUAGAAGUUUCUAUGAAGAGAUUCUUCUAUGGUUACAAACAGGUGCUGACGGUGGUGAUGGGGAGUUCUGAGGCUAAUGGAAACCGAGUUGGGUUGAGUUGCGAUGGCGGUGACUCGUUGACUCAUAUGUUUCUUGAACCCACGUAUUUUCCAAGUUUGGAUGCUGCCAAGACUUUUCUUGGAUACUUUUGGGAUAAUGAUAACAAAUGGGUGUGCGAUAAUUAA